CUACUUACGACCAAACGACCGUGUUACGACCGGUCUGUCGGUCCCAAUCGUGGUUGUAAGUCGAAGACUAUCUGUAUGUAUAUUUGAAAAUUUUGUUUUACAAAAAUGUGCGUACACUUCUAGGUAAGAAAAAUUAAUAUUCCCAGAAUGGGAAAUACUGGUCUUUCAAUAGACAAAUUAUUGUUCAGAAAAUAACCAAGAAUUAAACAAAUUUCAAAAAGCUUCUGUGCGAUUUGCUAGUUUACUUUUAACUUAAACAGUACAUUUCCACGUACAUAGUUUUCUUAUAUGUAAAAAUUUUAAAUAAUGAUUUAUAUUUUUCAUAGAUAUUAACAAGCAUAAAAUUAGCAUGACUGGAUGUACUAUAUUUUUUCAAAUAUAUUUCCAAAGAUGUAAUUUUUUUGCUUUCUCUGGCACACCUCCAUCAAGGGUGUGUAACAAGCUCAUGAAAUGUAUGUAUGCAUGAUUUAAUUGUUAAUCAUAAUUCUUGUAUAAUACUGGACAUAUUAUUUGCCUUAUUCUUAAUCUUGCAUUAUGUAUAUAGUACAUAAAGUAUGCAUUAUACAAAUGAAGAACAAUCAAAUGUCUCUUUUACUGCUUGGCCUACCAAGAAUCAGAAGAGUUGCUUGUUAUUAUCCUGUAGAAAAAUUCAGUGCAUGUCAUAGUUUCAAAUAGAACUACUGCCUGUGAGUCAGGUUCUGUGAGGCCACGAGACAGCUGUUGCUAAAUAUAAACGCUCAAAACUACCACCUCCUCACUUUCACAGCCGGAUACACAACUUGCCGCAUCCCAUUCUAAUACAAAUGCUGGUACAACGAACAGGAGGAAAAACACUUUCAAUCAUUUUUCCACAAGGCUGAUAUAUUUCAGAAGAAUUAAAGAUUUGCUAAAACAGCAUGAAAAGCUUGAAAUUCUUGGCAGCAGAGGGUUUUGUUCAAAAUGGCCCAUGUGCCAGGAGGAAUCUCAAUUGCUUAUCCUACAAUCUCUACCCAAUCCUGUUUAAGGCAAGCUAUCUGCUGGAAAAGGAAGACGUGCUCAGUAACUUGGUCAAGACAUGGCCUCUCACUGAGCUCAAUCUACAGAGAUUACUGGGAAAAACUCCAGACUGCCAGACAGAUCUCACCUCACGCACCUGCCGCCUCUGUCUCAAAGCCCUGCUGUUGGGAUUGAAGGACUACGUUCUUCAGGAACCAACCACAUAUGCCAAAGUUCUGCGUGUUGUUGAUCUGACUGGGCUGAAUGAUAUUGAGCACCAGGCCUGCCCAUGUAGCAGCUCGCUGGGCCGCUGGGCCCGCACUGAACUGCUCACACACAUGUGUUACGAAACCAUGGUGGCCAUGCAGGCAGAUCAGGCAGCAGCAUCAGCCUGGAAGAUGGAGGUGGACGUCCAGCUCAACGCCUUCGUUACAGGACGGAACUAUGAAACUGUGACCCAGGCUCUGCUGCUGAUCAAACACUGUCCAUUGAAGUUACGCUGUGUGGGUCUUCGUGUGGACUCGCUUCCUCUGAAGAACCUCUUCUAUUUGCUGCGCCUGGCCAACACUGAAAGCCUGCAGAAGUUAGAGGUUGUGCAUAAUGUACAUCUGGAGGCUCCACAUUUGGAAGUGAUGUUGUCAAAGCUUAAUUUCCCACAGCUGCGCUCGCUCACCUUACCAGCACAGGCACUGGAUGUACGCAGACUGACACGGGGGGAUGAGAACCUCUUCACAGUGCUGGGAGAGCUGAUGAGUAAGAUGAGCGAGCUAAGAGAGCUCUACCUGGGCUUUUCGACCCUUACCGCACAACUGAGACGACUGCUCAGUCCUCUGAAGACCCCACUGCAGUGUAUAGAGCUGGCUAACUGCUCUCUCAGCCCUGUGGACAUGGCUUACCUGGCUAACAGCCUGCACAGCGAGUUCCUAGUAAAACUGGACCUGAGCGGCCAUGUGGUGGCUGAUCUCUUCCCCAACACCUUCCGGAAACUGCUGCAUCGUUGCUCAGCUACUCUAACCAGUCUGGGUUUGGAAGAGUGCGGCCUGUCAGAUGAGAACUUGGAGCUCCUUGUUCAUGCACUGGGACCAUGUAAAGCCAUACAAGAGCUUAAGAUCCUGGGCAACCCACUGAGCACAGCAGCCCUGCAUGAACUGUUUAACAUGCUGGCACAAGGCUAUCCAGCUCUGAGGUAUAUAGAGCUGCCAGUGCCCCGAGACUGCUACUCUGAAGACGCAACUUACCCACUGGAUGAUUCAACACUGCUGAAUUAUGACAGAGAGAAGUUCAACCAAGCCAGAAGUGAACUGGUGGCCAUUCUGGAACAUGCUGGGAAAGGACACGUUGAAGUAUGCACACCCCUGCUUGGAGUCUAUGAUCCCGACAUCCACGAGACAAGCAACGAGCUUGGAGUUUCUUUGGUGCGCUCAUUUAAUACAGUUAUAGGGAACUUUCUACACACUGUGACAAGUGUGAAUGAACGAAGAGAACACAGCCUACAUGAGUGAGAUCAAAGAACUGAGAUUUAUUAAUAUUAGAAUUGCAGCUUAAGGUACAAGAACUACAAAAUGUGAGAAGAGACAACAAAGCACAUGAUUAGAAAAUGGCCGGAAUUGUGCAAUAGAACUAGAUUUAGAUAAAUCUGUUCAUUCACUUUGAAGUGAAUAUUUAGAGUAUAAAUAUCUGCAGAGUUCCUGGUUUAAUUUCACAUGGUUCUUUUUAGAACCAAUUAUUUUUACAUUUAUUUUUGAAAUUGUAAUUUAGACUAUAUGAACUAUUUCAUCUUAUGUACAGUUUGUUUUAUUUUUAACCAUAGGGAAAACCUUGAUGUUUUGUAAAGCAUUUGGGCCUGUCUAAAAGCAGGAUUAUAAUUCAGUCAUUUCUUUCCUAUAUGAACACAUUUGUGAUUAAAUUGUCACUUAAAAUA